CAAUGUUGUAUCUCAACUGGAUUUGAUUUCUUCUUGGGAGAAAAAAACUGGGAGAAACAUCAAAAGAGUUCAUGUUCCUGAGGAGGAAAUCAUAACGCAAACUGAGACAUUGCCUAGCCCGGAGAACGUGCCGCCGGCAAUCCUGCACAACAUAUUUGUGAAAGGCGAUCAGACGAGCUUUGAGCUAACUGAGGAAGAUUUGGAGGCGUCGGAGUUAUACCCUGAGUACAAGUAUACUUCAGUUGAUAGGCUUCUUGAUGUGUUCUUGGUUAAGCCUCCUAGUAAGCCUAAGCUUGCAUCCUUCGGAGCGUAGAAAACUAUAAUGUUAUUUUGCCGGUCAAAUACUUACAAUAAAGACCGUCAUGUUGUUGGAGUAGCAUGUACCAAAUGGUAGCGAGAAUCACAAUCCAGUAAUAAAAUUAUAUAUCUUGUGCACUAAUUAAUGGUGUCAUUUGGGAAUUGCACAAGGCCACGAAAUGGCCUGUUUUGGGUUUGAACUCGGUCUCCUGAUUAAUUUCUCCGCACGAUGGGUGUAUUUUGUAAACGCAUCUGAUAAAUAUCAAAGAUCAUC